AACCGAAUCUGAGCCAAUAAGCGCUCGAGCAGUCACUUGCGACCCCAGUCACGAAUUGUCAGUCUGACACAUUCUUCAACCCCCAUGCCUGACACUAGACGCAUCAAAGCAGAGCUCCUAAUGAACCAGGUAGCGCCGCGUGAGCGCGCGUCGUCCGGCGGACUCAGCACUGAGGCCAGCAGUUCGUCUGAACUAUCGGAUCUCCUCCUAGUGAAAGAUCGGCAGACGGCGCGCUCUGGAUACGGCAGUACAACCCAAGAAGUUCCACUGGAAGUCGAUGAUGAAGUGGUGGUCAGCGACCAGAUCUUGGUGUCCGCCAUCGCUAACCUCAGCACAGCAUAUAAUCUGGCAGUGAUCAAUUACGCGCUGAUGAUGCUGCAGCGAUCGUAUCCCAACUCGAGUCCAGAGCUGCGGUCUACUGUAGACUCGUGCUCGUUGGUGGGGGCCAUUGUAGGACAGCUCACAUUUGGCUAUGUGGGGGCAGUAAUGGGACGCAGAAAGGGGAUGAUCUUCACGCUGUUAUUGUCCAUUCUAGGUGCCGCAUCAAGUGCACUACUACCAUGGGGAACGGACUCGGUUUAUCAUGUACUAGCAGCAUGUCGGUUUGUUUUGGGUGUCGGAGUUGGAGGCGUUUACCCGUUAUCAGCAGCAUCGGCUGUGGAGUCGACGCACAGUCACGAUGAGCUCAAGAAGAGCAGGAUUGUGGCCGCAGUCUUUAGCUUCCAGGGCAUUGGACAGCUACUUGCACCGCUCAUGGCCUACAUCAUGUUGGCUAUGAACGCACAGCGUACAAUCGGAUGGAGAGUUCUGCUACUUGUUGGUGCGUUCCCCGGACUAUUCGUGCUCCGACGAGCUUUCCAAGUAGAGGAGGACUUGCCGUCGCCAGUGACCCCACCGAUUGAGCUUCGAAAGAGGGAUUCAGAGGUGUCGUGUCGAUCAAAGUUGUGGGAUAAAUUACGAGAAAGCUCGUCGCUGCAACGGAAGCUGUUCGGUGCCUGUGCAAGCUGGUUUCUGUUUGAUAUAACCUUCUACGGGAACGUCAUCUUCACGCCUAUUAUUCUGCAGGACACGUACGGCUUGGACAAGCACCAUUUCGCUGACGUUGCACUGUGCUCAUUGGUUGUGGCAGCCAUCGCUCUGCCGGGAAACCUGCUUACGGUGUGUAUAGUCGGCAAGAUCAGCUUCAAGGCGAUUCAGAUCAUGGGGUUUGUCGUAAUGGCGCUACUCUUCCUGGCACUUGGAUCGUUCUACGAGCAACUGUUGGACUACAGGGGACUGCUGCUUGGUAUGUACGCGCUCACGUUCUUCUUCUCGAAUUUUGGACCAAACGUCGGCACGUUUUGUCUGCCAGCGGAGAUCUUCUCGGAAGACGUGCGGGUCGAACUCAAUGGAGUCGCUGCAGCAGCGGGGAAGCUCGGUGCUGCUAUUGGAGCGGCUUCUUUUGGUAUUGUCGAAGCUCGAUUCGGCGUAUCUUAUCUUUUGGCACUGAGCGCGACAGUAUCUCUGCUGGGAGCACUUGUUACAUACAAGUUCAUCCCAACGAAGCACUACACCGAGAUAGACCACUAGACAAGCGCAUGAGCGGCUUGGUUGUUGGCGUAACAAUGACAUUAUAUAUCAAUUUCCAUACGGUGUGUUAGCUGUAGGUUUACCUGUCACCGAC